AUGAGCAAAAAAUCAGAAGACACAUCUUCUGUUAGCCCUAUGGCUACUGGUGUGGAUCCAAGUAUUCGGGCCAUACUAGACGCUAUGCAGAAGCAGAACGAAAUCAAGUUAAGAAAACUGUUAAAGGAGACUAUUAAAGCAGCGACUAGUCGGAGUUAUCAGGGGGCGCAUGAUCCAAAAUUAAAUAAUAAAAUAAAAGGUUUUGUUACUGAAAAGUUAGAGAGAUUUCAUGACAACAAAAGCAUUGCCUGUGCAGAGUGCAGUGUAUCAAUGUGCACUAAAAAUGCAAGCAACGUGACGAUUACUUUUAGAACACCACAAGCACCACGAAAACACAAUCAAGACCAAACAAGAUCAAGUUCAAAAGUGAAGUUACGUGAGCUUAUUACUGCUAACGACCAAAAAUUGAAUUACGAUCCCGAGCAUCAACUCGCUGAUCUUCAAGUAGAAUGUUCCGACAAAGACAGGACGACACAAGAGCUCGAGAAGCACAUAGAGGACAUGAAGGAGGAAAAGCAAUUGGAGAAGAAAUUAGCUGAUGCUUACGAAGAGGUCGAGGAACAACGUCAGGUUGUUGGACAAUGGAAACGACGCGUGCAAAGUCUGAAUGACGAGAUGCACGACUUGAGACUACUGUUGGAAGAACAAACAGCUAGGAAUAAUCUUCUGGAAAAGAAACAGCGCAAAUUUGAUUCAGAAACUCAGAAUCUAAUGAACGAUCUGCGGCAAGAGAAAACGCAACGUAAAAGAUUAGCUAGAGAAAAAGAAAUCGCGAUCGCGGAGUAG